AUGACAACACACCAACAAAACAAACCUUUGAGUGAGGUCGAUCCUAAAGCUGCCAAGCAAAGGGCUGCUGAAAACAAAUUGCAGCUACUUAGCACAUUACAAAUCUUGAAGAAAGAAGGAAAGAUGCCUCACAAUGAACAACUUCUUGAUCUCUUGGAACGAUUAAAGACAAAUCAAAUUAUUUCUUCAAGAGAACAUAUGAUGUCAGACGAAGGAAAGCGUCUCUUUAACGACUUCCGUGAUUUGAUCUCUACAAUUGAAAAAGCUUUGCAAGUCAAGAACAAAGAAGAAUUAUUCCAAUCUCUUGUUUAUCACCUUCACUGCAUGGAAUCUCCUCUUAACAAAGGUAAUGUUCAAUCUGUUAAAUCUCAAGAUACAGGUGCCGCUCAAGAAGAUGGAAGAAAAGCUUCUGAUGCAUUAUACAAGAUUGGUAAACUCUUGCUUGUUAACAAUGAAUUCCGUUCUCUCUUGGGUGAGUUGGUUGAUAUCUCUCAAGACCUCUUUAACAGUGUCACUGGUAAGAUGGGUGACUCUAUCCAACAAGCUGGUUCCAAUCUUCAAGGCAACCAAUCCUCAGACAGAUCUGGCAAGCACCUUGUCGAUUCUGCCCUUGAUACUGUUCUCCAAAAGGGUGACCAGAUGCACGACCGUGAACACAAGCGUAAUUCUCUUCAUGACCAAGAACCUCAUCUUGUCAAUGCAAGCAAAGAUGAUCCCAGACAUCAAGGCCUCUUAAAUACUGGUGACUCUGUUCACCCUAGUGUCAUUCCUGGUGGCUUCCCUACUGCUAACAAGAACACUGCUCCUGGUACAACUGAACACUAUAAUUUACCCGAAGGUGCUCUUGACACUAACGAUGUUCCUGGUAAUCAAAGACGUUACCAAGAAAAGAUGCGUAACGAAAUGCAAUCUCACAAGAACUAUGCUCAAGAAGAAAUCAACAAGAAGUUUCCUAAAGAAAAGCAAGAUGAACUCCUUGAACGUCUCAAGUUUACUCUGGCUGAAGUCCAAAAGCAUCCUGAAUAUCAAGAAGCCAUUAACACUCUUGUUCACUUGGUCAAGUCCUGGUCUUCUCGUUUGAGCAAAGUCACUCAAGAUGUUACCAGCAAGGCCAAGGCCAAUGACAAGCCUGAACAAAUGAGUUACAGAGAACGCGCCGAAAAGGAACUCAAGACUAUCAUUGAAACCUGGGCUCAAGACUACUCUAUUGACCCUCUCCUCCAUGGCGUUCAAGAUGUAAUGCAAGAUGUGCAAAAUGAUGAUCACCUCAAGAAGUACUACCGCUCUGUUAUCCAAUAUGCUGAUCGUUUGAUGAGAGAAGCUGGUUAUGCUGCUCAAGAUCGUUCUACUGAGGAUGGUAAGCGUAUUAUGGAAGAAGGCAAGCACAUUGUCAAAGGAAGAUACAAGGAUCAUCUCGAUAACCUGUCCAGUGAAGCUCGCAGAAUUAUGCACUUGAUGGCUGAAGAUGACAUCUCUAAGGAACUCAACCACCGUAUCACUACUAUUCACCGACACAUGUGGAUGGACGAAGAAGGAAACCCUGCUUUCAAGCCUCAACUCUUGAACGACUUCAAGUUGACAUUGCUCCCUGCCUUCAUUGAUGAAAUCAAAUACAUUCCUGUUCCCCGUAUUGAAUACAGUGACAACCAAUUCGAUGUUGCCGUAGAUAAUCUUAUCAUCUCUGGUGAUACCCUUUUGCCCAACGUAUUUGAGACCAAGGUCGAGAGUUUUAGUAGUUUCAGUCUUAGAUCUUCUGAAACCGCCCCCAAGCCAAGCAGACAGAGUUUAUUUGUACGCAUGAGCGAAAUCCAAGCUGAUAUUGAUGACGUUGUAUUCUUCUACAAGAAGAAGAGUGGUUUCCCCAAGAUUAGUGAUCGUGGUGUUGCUUCUAUCUCUGUGGAUGGUAAAGGUAUUACUCUUACUCUUCGCGUCAACAGUGUCAGCGACAACCCAGCCAAGACAUUCAAGGUUGCUCACUGCAAGUGUAAUGUCGAUAAUCUCAAGGUCAAGAUCAAUGAUAGCAAACAUGAUAUACUCUACAAGGCACUUCGUCCCAUCCUCAUUGGUCAAAUCCGUAAACAAAUUGCUCGUAGUAUUGAAAAUAAGGCGAUUGAGAUACUUAACCAAGCCGACCAAAAGCUGACCAACUCUAUUGUCAACAUGAACCAAAACCUUCAAAACAAGGCUUACCAAGCUCUUCCUGAAGAAGAAAGAGCUCGUCAACCCCCACCUAACGUCUCUCAAGCCCGCCCUCGUCCAGGUUUGAUGUCUACUUUGGCUUCUCUUAUGAACCGCAACAUCAAGUCUCGUGUCCAAAGACGCAAUGAUAUGAAACGUUCUGAU